GGCAUGGGGCUGCCAAAUCCGUACACACCUGAGCUGGAAAGUACUUGCAAGAAACAGCCUACCUACCGUAUCUGCCUAUUCCUUCCUACCUACCUUGACAAUCCCCAAGCCAUACCUCAACAUUUCUCUCACCUUUCUUCACCUUACUUUACCUCAUCAUAGGGCAAGUAAGAUACUUUCAAAGGCUGACUGACACAGGACGUAGACGCUGCUUACCCUGUCCUGAGAGUCAGAGGUGCACUGAAGAGCGUGAACAGAAGAGAACCUCGCAACUUCGCGGCAGCUGUGGCUGUGACACUGCACCACCCUGAGAAUUCACCCCUGAACACCACCCACCUCAGACACCAGUAUCAGUGCCUUCUGCGGUCCACGGGUGACAUUGGCAGCAACCACACCUCUACAGCCUGCCCGCGCGACCGUCCUCAACUGUGAACACCGCUGAACCACGCCCGCGACAGCAACCCAUGCGCAUCCAGGCCCACUCCUGAAGCUGCGAAGACUAGGCUCAGUUGGUAUCCGGCGACCAAGUACGCACUACGCAGUACCUACAUUACACAGUAGGUACUUCACCGUCAACUGUGGGCCGUGAACGAGCACUCGGCUGGAACGCCGCAGCACCACGCAACAGUCGAGACAACGACAACAGCGACGACUGCUUCCACCAGAACUCAUCCUCGAUCACGAACAACCCAAGGCGCAAAGAUAUCUCGACCGACCCCAAGCGACACUAUCAUCGGGACCAUCUACAACGGCUGCAACCUGCGAAAGAUUCCUACCAUCAACCCUUUCUGAUGCGCCAAUCGCAUAUCCUCAGCAUUAAACUCCCAUCGCAUCUCCACUCGGACUGACGUCCUGCCCUGCUCUUGGCGUGGCUCUGCGGGUGGCCGACCAACUUCGCCCAUUUGCGCACCCAACAGCCUGCGACUCGAACAUUCACCCGAUCAACGCCUGCUCCUCCGUACCUCUCGCGCCAUAUCUCGGCCGCCUACAAUUCAAAGAAUUGUCCGAACCUCGAUUCGAAACUCGUUACCCACCUACCGCGACAGAGCCUCAAGCGAUCGACGACAGUCCUUUACUCCACGCGGACAAACCCCGACCACGACUACCAACCCCCAAAUACCCCGAUAACGAAUUUCUAUAAACAGAGCAGUAUUGAAAUAACAGUCGCCCGAAUGCCAGAACCUCCGGAGAAGCCCCGUAGCAAGGUGGUAACAUAGAGAGGCAUCGCCAAGAUGCUGAGCGCCUCCGGACAGUCUCAAAAGGCACUGUCGCCUCAACAGUCGGCAUCGAGCGCCAAUACCCUCAAUCCACGCCCGAGUUUCGAGCGCAUAGAGAGCACCGGCGGCCUCCAGCCGCCAUCCGCCUCUGUCAAUGGAUCGAGAAGUCUGGGCGCCUCGGGCGUCAGCUUCGGACCCCGAGGCUCUUCCCUCAACCCCUCCAUCGCCCCUGGGAGCUUUAGUUCUGAGCUGCGCAGCCAGAUGAUGCCAUCUCGCUCUGGCUCCCGAGGCGACAUCUACAGCAUCGAUAAGGUCGACGAGGAAGAUCCCGCCACGGCUGCAGAGCAGACCCUAGCUAUUCUCAAGGAGCAGCUGAAUCGAGAGAUGAAGAUCAAGGACGGAAGUGAGAACAUGCUGGAAGCCUUGAACGCCAAGAAGGCAAAACAAACCAAGGAACAGAGGGCCAAGGUCGAAGCAGAGCUGAAUGCGUCUAAUCAGCGCAUCAAGAAUCUACGGCAGAAGAUUACAGACGCUUCGAGAUUCAAGGCGACUCCUACCACACCCACAAGACAAAGGACAAACGAGCCACUGUUCUCUUCUGCCAACAAUGGCAUGCGCUCACCUCCUAGCGCCUCUCGCAGUGGCGCUGGUUCAGACAAUGAAGAGACGGCUGAGCAGUCACCAACCUUUCUCCUGGCUGAGUUGCUACAAGCCCUUGAGCAGGAGGGCAUGCCGCCAGAGUACUAUGUCAGUCGAGGAAACAGUCUAGUUGAUCUGUUCAGGCGGCAUCCAACUCUCAAGUAUGACUUGGUAUGGUCGGUAUUCGGUCUUCGCAUGCAAGUAAUGCUGCUCAGUGAGGCCAGAGAAGUAGUGGCAGCUGGUUACCGAAUGAUUCGCUAUGCCAUCUCAGAUGUGUCUUCUUUAAAGAAGAUCCGCAGUCUGAAUACUGACAUCAUUGUUGUGACAUCUUUGAUCAAAGACCGAAAAGCAGAUCUAGAGCGUGAACAGGCCUUGAAGUUCGUCCGAGCCUUCUUGGAUGUCAAGGACGGAGUCAAAGAGCUUUCACGCGCUGUUGUGAGGACCAUAGCCGCUGUUGCUGAGCAGGGUGAAGAUCGUCUACGCUCCAUCUGCCUGGAAACUCUUGCUGAAGUCAUGCUUCGAGACCCGGCCCUGGCAGUCGCUUCUGGCGGCCUUUCACCGCUCUCUGAGGCUUUGAUCGAAGGAACAUAUAAAUCGCCCGAAUCUCUUACGGCGUCUUAUAUGCAGAUCUUGGAUAAUCCACAAAAGAGAAUCUACUUGCGCUCCGGUUAUGAUCUGGAGGUUCUCUUCACGGCAUUCACAGAUAUCAUCCUCGCAAACGAGAGCUUACUGAAGCAGAAUGCCAAGGCAAUCACCAAGAUCCUGAAGAGCUGGCCGGGGUUGAUGAUGCUGACUAUGCAUGACUCUCGAGCCAUCAAGUCGCUGCUCACUAGCAUGGUGCUCCCACAAGCAACCAUCCGAGAGACAGUGAUCGAUCUCAUUUACCUUCUUCUCCGGAUCAAGUCGCCUUCGUGGGCUUCUUCCUUCCUGGCUGGUCGCCGCCUAACGACAUAUGGACGGGUAGCAAGCCUCAAGUCGGUUCCGAACCAGACGCCCUCGGCGAAUGCUCUACCCGUGGAGGAAGAUAGUGGAGAGCAAAACUUCAUGGAUCACUACACUGCCCUGCUUCUGGCUACAUUUGUCAAGGCUGGUCUACUAGAAAACUUGCUUCAAGUUGCCAGGACCAGUGACCCCCAGCUCUCCAGAAAGACAUGUCUUCUGAUUGGUGAGGUGCUGAAGCUGGCAAGCAGGCUCCUCCCCGCGACGUGGAGCAAUGACUUACCUCUGCUUCCGGAGCUCUUCGCUGCGGCGACUCAGUUCAAAGACGACAACAGAUUCGUUGCCUCGGGCAUAGUUUAUCAGAUUAGCUCGGUGAGCAAGACGCUGUAUAGGAGCACGCCGUCUAUCGCGACUGCUGGAACUCUCCCCUCCAGCGACAACCUCGCAGACAUGCACCGUAAAAGCAACGCCGGGAUUGUGGUUCAAGAGGGCGCAAUCCGGCAGCUUUUGGUGGAGUCUAAUGUCCUGAACAGCUCCAACUACUUGAAAUGGAACUGGGAUGUCAUCUCGCGAAUCAUCGAAGGGCCGCUUCAAGAUGGAAAGCGACUAGACGAGGUCAACAGGGUGUCCAAGUUUAUGAACAGGAUCAUGAGCUUCUACCGGCCUUUUAAGCACAGGUUUUCGGAUCUUACAAGCAACAAGAAUUCUCAAAAGUACGUCAGGGUUGGAUGUACGCUGAUGCACACUCUGCUUCAGUCAAAUGAGGGCUUUCAGUACUUGCAAGAUCAUAAGAUGUUACGGCAGAUAGCUGAGUGCCUCGCUCAAUGUGACCCGAGCAGUGGAUUGACAUCCACGGAUCCAAUGUUCUCCCCCGGUCGCUUGCAAAGCACACUUUGCGCAGGAUACUUCCCCAUGCUUGGAGUCCUAAGUGGUGAUCCCAGAGGCUUGGAGCUUCUACAACGCUGGAGAAUGUUCAACAUGAUGUACCACAUUCUCGGGCACAAGCAGCGCCCUGACUUGAUCAAACUACUUCUUUCAAACUUUGACUACAGCAUCCCGGGACACCCACGGGUGCUUAUAGAACAGGCUCUUACGUCUGGAACGAGGGAGAUUCGCAUCACGGCGACGAACGCGCUGCGGAAGUACGCAACUCGACCAUUCGAUGCAUCCCAACCAUCCCACGGCAAGAUCGACUGGAAGUGGGCCAUCGAGAAGCUGUGCGACCAACUAUACGACCCUGAGGUAGAGGUCUGCCGAACCGCGGUUAAGAUCCUCGAGAAGGCAUGCAAUAAGAAAGCAUAUCUGGAGUAUGUCGUCCAGUGUCGUCCGACAAUGGACCACUUGGGAGAGAUCGGUGCUCCUCUCCUACUGCGGUUCUUGUCCUCGUCUAUUGGCUACCACUACCUCGACGGCGUUGACUACAUCAGCAAUGAGAUGGAUGACUGGUUCCUCGGUCGAAACGACUCAUAUGUCGGUGUGAUUGAGACCAGCCUGGCCAAAGCAUUCCUAGAGAAUCCAGAAGAGCACCAGAACCGCAUUAACAUGGUGGAAGAAGCUCAAGCAGAUACCGAGCCAGAGAAUCACAUUCCACCGCACUUUUAUCGCGAGCUUGCACGCACUCAGGAGGGAUGCAAGUUGCUAAGCGACAAAGGACACUUUGCUGAGUUUGCCAGCACGAUCAAAGAGUACGGCAUGCAGUCGGAAGAUCCCGAGCUCAUGCUAAAGGUCAAGGCCUCCAUGUGGGCUGUCGGCAACGUGGGAUCCAUGGAGCUCGGUGCCCCUUUUAUCGAAUCAUGCGAUGUCAUCGAAGACAUUGUCAAGAUUGCUGAAGAACACGAGGUGAUGAGUCUGCGUGGCACCGCCUUCUUCGUCUUGGGACUAGUUUCUCGAUCCGCCCACGGUCUUGAGAUCCUGUCAGAAUGUGGAUGGGAUGCAAAUCUUUCACCGCGAGGAGAGUCGAUGGGAUUCUGCAUUCCCAACAAUCUGUCCAAAUUCUUCUCGUUCAAACCCUGGAAGCACGCUAUUGCCUCCAAAAUUGCAUUGCCAGAUACGCAAAAGACCUUUUUGACACCGCCACCGCCAACAGAAGCGCGUCCGCCUCUGGAGAAGGAGGAGCUGCCGGCCUUCACUAACGAGGAGGCCAUCAACCAACGAAUUCUGGAUCUCGUCGUCGAUCUUGGCAAUAUGGUUCUGUACAAGCGGGCGAUGGGUGAACUGAUGCAGAUCAGGCAGCACAAGGUGGCGGGCUUUAGAUGCCCCAAAAUGUUCAAGCGCGUCAUGACGAUGCUUGAAUACAAUCACUAUCGCCUGCCUAUUAGACGAAUGGUUCUCGAGAUGUUUGACAAAAACGUCCUCAGAAGAAUUGUCUUUGACGAAGACAGCGAUAGCGGAUCUGACGACGAAGAUGUCGACGAGGAUGAGGAAAACGCAUCCUCGGGUGACGAAAAUCGAACAGAGAGACAGCGAAGUAUCUCAGACCCGUCGGAACUGGAGAAGGAGACAGAGCCUCUGCCGAAGGCGGAGCGUUCGGACAGCAUGAGCUCAUUUGAUACAGACAGCUCGGCUGACUCGACGGAGACAGCGUAAGGUUGUGUGAUCCGUUUCCAAACAGCUGCUCAUCGUUAAGAGACUACUUGGCAUUUGAAACGGAAAGUUAUCAGUGGAAUUCGAAAGGCAUCAUGAGGAGGCGUUUUAUUUGUUGGCUUUUCUUGUACUAUAACUCGGGACUUUGGGGGAGUGGAUAAAGUCUCCAGCUGAGGUUUUGGCCGGCAAAGGGACCUAGAGAAGCUACGGAUUGAUCUUUAAGAGCGAGCAAGGACAGGAUGGAGUUGGUGGCCAUCUGCGUAUCGAUUCCCAAAUGGUGUAGGUAGGGAGGG